AGUAAUAUUACUACUAGUAAUGUCCAACGACAAAUCCGCUGAAGUUGUUGUUCUUCCUCGUGAAAAUGACGAAGAAUCCAAAGAGCCUGUUUUGAAAAAUCAAUUCGAUUUGAGCACAUUCGAUAUCGAUUCUCCGGAAAUCGAUCUAACUCACACUCGCGCUGAUCACAUUCCAGAUCUUACUGGAUUUCCGAAAAUAGAGGAACUGAGAAUGCGCAAUAAUCUUCUGGUUUCAAUUAGCCCCACAAUUUCUUCGUUAGUUACUUUGACAUCCCUGGAUUUGUACGAAAAUCAGUUGACCGAAAUUUCGCAUCUCGAAUCACUCGUAAAUUUGGUUUCUCUUGAUCUGAGCUAUAACAGAAUACGCCAAAUCAACGGCUUGGAUAAAUUGACAAAGCUCGAGACUCUUUACCUUGUCAGCAAUAAAAUUGAAAAAAUCGAAAAUUUAGAAGCUUUGACGCAGCUCAAACUGCUCGAACUGGGAGAUAAUCGAAUCAAGAAAAUCGAGAACAUUGGUCACCUUGUAAAUUUGGAUGAAUUAUUUAUCGGCAAAAAUAAAAUUCGUCAGUUGGAGGGAGUGGAGACCUUGCAGAAGCUCAGUGUUCUCAGCUUGCCGGGAAAUCGUAUUGUGAAAAUUGAAAAUGUUGAGCAACUGAAUAAUCUGAAGGAACUUUACCUCAGUGAUCAGGGUCUACAAGAUAUUCAUGGCGUCGAACCUCUGACUAAUUUACUUCUUUUGGAUGUUGCAAAUAACGAAAUCAAAACGUUCAGUGGCGUUGAAAGACUAGAAAGUCUUAAUGAUUUCUGGGCAAACGACAACAAAGUGGAAAGCUUCUCCGAAAUUGAGCAACUUUCAAAGUUAAAGGGUCUUCAAACUGUAUACUUGGAGAGAAACCCGUUCUAUUUCAAUGAUACAAACCAAUAUCGCAGAAAAGUUAUGAUGACCCUCACCCAAGUAACUCAAAUUGAUGCUACUACGUGCAGAAAGCCAAUUGAAUAACUCUCGGACGCUUCCAAUAAAUAUCCGUUUGCUUUUCUUAUCCAUGAUAAUCUUUCAUAAAUAUGUAUCAGUUUG